CAAUUUCCAUCAUGAAAGUUGCACUCGUCGUCGCCGCCAUUGCCGUUGCAACCAUCGCCCAAGACGACAAUUAUAUCGAAAUUGUCGGAGGGCAUGAAGCAACCACUGGCCAGCACCGCUACGUGGCAGGCCUCAAGAGGUCAGCCACAACCAGGUCCCUCUGCGGAGGCAGUCUGAUCGCCUCCAACGUCAUUCUCACGGCGGCACAUUGCACCGGCAACGGCCUCUCGCAUGCGGUGGUAGGGUCGCACUUUCUGACUGGGUCGAGCGACGGCGUGCCGGUCAAAAUCACCAAGGAAAUCCCGCACCCUCAAUACGUCGCAUCGACGCACUCGAACGACGUGGCCAUCCUCCUCUUGGACCGCAAUGUCACAACUAUCACGCCUGUGACGGUGUCUUUUGAGGCUGUUCCUGCGAAUGUGCUCACGUGGGUCCGCGGGUGGGGCACCAUCUCGUCCAGUGGUCCCCAGUCGCAAGUGCUCAAGGAGUCGACAACACGAUGGUGGCUGCUGGGGGGCUAG